UACAAAACCAUUAGAAAUGCCCUAGUUCUAACAGUGCAGGGCAUAUCUCUGAAGAAAAAGGACACACCUGAAAACAUGAAGACAUAUUGCAUUCAAUUAUGACAUCUCCUGAAGAAAAGUGAUGGCCACUGAAUGAGAAACAGAAGGACAUUAAAAACAAAAUAACAGGAACAAAUGGUCUAUCUUAACAUCCAUGGAAUUCAAUAGAUCAUGAGUAAAACAAAGUUGUGGGCAGAGAGGCGCGAGUCUAGUCAGAGCAAUAAAGUAUCAGAGACUGAGACAGAUGAGAGUUUUACUAUUAAACUUGCUGCUGCUCACAUUGAGGAUGCUAUCCAUGGAAGAGCUGCUUAUGGUAAAGCCAAAGCCAUACAGAGCACACCGUGGAUGCAAAGGUGUUUCCAAAUAGUAUCUAACAAGUGGUACAACCGUUUUCUGGUGCUUAAUGUCAUUGUCCAUUCCUGCUUGGUGGCUUGGGAACCCACACAGAUUGAUGAACCUGCAGGGUCAACUCACCCUGUGGUAUUUGUGAUAGGGUUUGUCUGCUUGGCCAUAUAUGUAGCAGACCUCGUCUUCAGCAUAUCAUUUUUCACAUGGAAAAGUGUGAAGGAUUUCAAAGUGGAAGAGACAAAAUGGCUUAGGGUGGAGUGCAUCUUCAUCACCAUGUUCAUCAUAGACUAUUUGUUACUACUUGUCCAGCAUUUUAUAGCAUUAGGAGGAAUCAGUGCACGUAUACCAAGUCCGUUCCGUUGCCUGCGUCUGGCAACUAUCUUCUGUAAGAUCACCAAUGUGGCUCAUGUGUUUGAGAUAGCUCUUCUUGUCCUGUUCAAGAUUAUCAAGUUUCUCCUGAUUAUCCUUGGUUUUGUUGCUGUGUUUGCUGCCAUUGGCAUUCAGCUGUUUAUGAUGGACUAUCACUAUAUUGGUUGUUACCAUAGAGAGAACUUGACCAAUGCAGAUGGUAUGCCUUGCAAUGAAAGCAUAUCUGAUGAUACCACAGGAUCUUUUGAUAACAUAGGAUUUUCCUUUAUAAAAGUGUUCAGUUUGCUAACAACCUCAAACUACCCUCACAUCAUGUGGGGAGCAUAUUUGGCAUCCUGGACAAGCUUCUUCUAUUUUGCCGUCUUCCUCUAUGCAGGAUUGUUCAUAGCCACUGCUCUACUGCUUGCCAUUAUAGUUGAUGAAUAUUGGGCCUCCUGCAAAGCAGAUGUCAAACGUGAACGAAAGCAAGAGAGGGGGGAAAUAGUAAAGGCAUUCAACCUGUUGGAUGAUCCAGGUGCUGGGAAAAUUCCUGUUGAUGAUGAAAAACUUUUUCAAGUUUUUAAGUUAUUAAAACCCAAUAAUUCGAGGGCAGAAAUCAAAGAGCUUAUUCAAAUCAUGGAUAUGGAUUGUGAUGGAAAGAUCAGUAAUUUUGACUGUGUCACUAUGUUAACAGACGUAUUGCAUUAUGAGUUUGAGAAAGUAGAUGAGGAACAGGAUAAAGGCAACAAAUGCAUUGUAGCAUACAGAAAUGCUUGCAAGAAAGUGUUUGAGUCAAAAGGAUACAAUUGGUUUUCAGUCAUAUUAAUUUUGAUUCAUAGUGCAUUGUUUUGCAUGAAGUGGUAUAAUAUGGGACAGACAGAAGAAACAGUAGUACAUCUUCUAAUGACCAGCAUCACAGUGAUUCUCUUGUUUGAUUUACUGCUGCGUUCUGUAGCGUACUCAAAGGAGAUGUGUCAUUUGGCUGGUCUGCUGGACAUUGGCCUCAUCUCAUUAGCAGUCAUCAGUAGUGGACUGUGGUACUUGAAUCUCCUCACAGAAGUGACAUCUACCUUUAGCAGACAUUCUGUACAGCUGUUUAAAGGGGUGACAACCGUUAUAUCUGCCCUGGCAGUUUUGGCGCGCUUACCCUUGAUGUCAAAAUACACCAGGUUUGGGCUGAGUGUGCUGGUCAACAUAUAUCCCAUCCUUUCAGAUCUCAUCAUGUUGGUCUUCGUUGUUCUUUAUUUCUAUGCCAUCUUGGGCCUGGAAAUAUUUCAAGAGAGUCAAGUGGAUUCAAACUACACAUUUGAAGUAACCAAAUAUGGUUGUGGGCUUGGUUAUCAAACAGUAAGGUGCAGCCUGAUAAACAUCUUCCAAAUUUUAACUACAGCAGGUUGGCAUGGCAACAUGGAUGCUGCCAUUGUGAGUACGACAUGGUGGGCUGGCCUGUAUUUUCUCUCUGCAUACAUCAUAGUUAACAUGCUCAUUAUGAACUUGUUUGUGGCCAUCACCAUCGAGGCCUUCAACAAACUAAGUGCAGAUUCAGGGCCUGGUAGUGCUGUAAUGGAGGGGAGAAUACUGGUUGGGGCAGCACCUGGUUUUACCUCUCAUACUAAACAAAAAACAGAAGCUGAAGAAGAAGAAGAAGAGGCAGAAGAUAUGUCAAACCUAAGUCUAGAAGAAAGAAACAAAAGACUUUUGAAAAGAAAAAGAAGACAGCGGAAGAAGAAGCAUGCUACAAAUACCACAAAGGUGGUGAUUCCAUUUAGAAAAAAGAACGAAGAUGAAAUUAACCUUCAUGCUGGGGAGGAAGUGGAAAUCUUGGAGAAAAAUGGUGCCAUGUGGAAAGGCAGAGUAGGACAAGAAAAGAUGGGCUGGUUCCCAGCUAAAUGUGUCAAGGAGUUUACAGUGAACAAAAAGACAGAGGUAGCCUCAACUAUACAAACACAGAGUUCAACUGGCGGAAGUCAGACAGAAGAUGAGGAGAACAUGAUCGACUCAGUCAAACUAAAGCUAGCGAAACCUGUUGCCCCACAGUCUAACUGGAGGCGCCAGCUAGUGGGCAACAUGACAGUCAUGAAUCCAGAUGAGUUAAUGGAAUUGAACCAGUUGUCCAAAGCCAAGAUCAGUCCUGCUUCUGUCAAGAAGAAUAGGAUUAGCCCUGAUAAUUAUGAAGGAGUAGAUGUGAUACAUGAAGAAGAUGAGCCAGAAGAACACAGUGACUUUAAUAUGGGGCAACAUUCAGCAGCUGCUACCUACCCACCAAAGUCUGCCCUUAAGAGAACAGAACGAAUGGGCAGUGUAGACAAUGCAACUCCUAGUAAUAACAAUGACAUUCCCGACUGGGUGAAAAAAUUUAGUCAGCAGCACAACAUAGCACUUGUGGAGGGAGGCAAACAAAUGGAAGAAACAGCAGAAGAUGACUAAUUUGAUAGCUAUUUGGGAAACCUUAAUAAACCAUGCCAGUAUUAAACCGCAGCAUUGAGCUGAUGAUUCUGUUAAUUUAUCCCUAAAAUUGGGAUAGAUAAAAAACACUAAUGGUGAAUGUGUAAAAUAAGACAACUUGAAGACGAUAUUUAAGAAUUUUUAUGUACAAUGUAUUGUAUUCCACUCAUUCUUUCAAGUUCUUACAAAUUGACCCAUUAUCUGACAGCAUAUUUUAAAUUAACACAUUUUUACAUAAACCAUUAACAGCCCACCUUUGUUUAACAAUGCCUUUACUUAAAGUAAGGCAUGCUUUUGCAAGGCAUUAGUCCUAGGCUUCAUAUAUUACAAGGAGUGGUAAAUAAAUAUACAAACAUUUGUGGAAUUUUAUGGAGCAAAAAGUUCUUCACAGACAGUGCCAAAUAAACAUGUCUGAAAAUA